CCUCCUCACUCUCACUGACAUUUCAACUCCACGACGGAUCUAAAGGAAGACAAAUUUGAAUUGUUGACCUUAAACGUUGGAGAGGAGAAAUUCUGCGGAGGAACUAAGCGAACUUAUAUUCACAGGAUACACUGAUACCGCUGCUGCCUUCAACCCCGGGAUACCCCCUCCGUCUCCGCCAAAUACCGCUGGAAACUAAUUUUUCCUCUUCUAAACUUCCCGGGAACAAGAGAUACCAAUAUCCUGGUCGGCUUUUUCUUUUUUUUUUUUUUUUGGCUUUUUACUUUUUGUUCCAUCAUUUUGGUGUGGAGAACGGGGCUCUGCAGCCUGUAGUUUAACAAGGUCGGAGGAUGCCCCAAAAAGGGAGACAUUAAGUAGUGAAAGCGGGAGAUGAUUGUCUAAAUUGUUAUAGAGUGGACAGUCAACUCUUUUCCCAGAAUACCACAACCAAGCCACGUGGGAGUCUGGCGUAGCCUCGAUGAUGCAAAACAAGGUGUAUGACAUCUGUGAUGAAGGUCACAGUGGCGUAAACCAGCUUGGUGGUGUGUUUGUUAAUGGCAGACCGCUGCCGGAUUCCACCAGGCAGAAAAUAGUUGAACUUGCUCACAGUGGCGCUCGACCCUGCGACAUCUCCAGGAUAUUACAGACCCAUGAUGAAGUCCAAGUGCUGGACAGUGAAAAGGUGUCCAAUGGCUGCGUGAGCAAGAUCCUGGGCAGAUAUUAUGAAACUGGCUCCAUCAGACCGAGAGCGAUAGGCGGCAGCAAGCCCCGCGUCGCCACUCCGGAGGUUGUCGCCAAAAUCGCGCAGUACAAACGGGAGUGUCCGUCAAUCUUCGCCUGGGAGAUCCGCGACCGGCUGCUGUCGGAGGGGAUCUGCACCAACGACAACAUACCCAGCGUGUCAUCAAUAAACAGAGUCCUCCGCAACCUGGCGAGUGAAAAGCAACAGAUGGGCGCAGAUGGCAUGUAUGACAAGCUGAGAAUGCUCAACGGUCAGACAGGAACUUGGGGGACCCGGCCAGGCUGGUACCCGGGAACAUCAGUGCCAGGGCAGCCCAACCAAGAUGGCUGCCAACAACAGGACGGCGCAGGAGAAAACACCAACUCCAUCAGCUCGAACGGGGAGGAUUCGGAGGAGACGCAGAUGCGCCUGCAGCUCAAGAGGAAGCUGCAGAGAAACCGCACGUCUUUUACGCAAGAGCAGAUCGAGGCGCUGGAGAAAGAGUUUGAAAGAACGCAUUAUCCAGAUGUUUUUGCACGGGAAAGACUAGCGGCAAAAAUCGACCUGCCAGAAGCAAGAAUACAAGUAUGGUUCUCAAACAGAAGAGCAAAAUGGAGGCGAGAGGAGAAGCUGCGGAACCAGCGCCGACAGGCCAAUAACUCCUCCAGUCACAUUCCCAUCAGCAGCAGCUUCAGCACCAGCGUCUACCAGGCCAUCCCGCAGCCCACCACACCGGUGUCUUUCACCUCGGGGUCAAUGCUUGGAAGGCCUGACUCUGCACUUACAAACACCUACAGUGCGUUGCCUCCCAUGCCCAGCUUCACCAUGGCCAACAAUCUACCUAUGCAACCCAGCCAGACCUCCUCUUACUCCUGCAUGCUGCCUACCAGUCCGCCUGUGAAUGGGCGGAGCUACGAAACAUACACGCCCCCUCAUAUGCAGGCACAUAUGAACAGCCAAUCAAUGACCACUUCUGGUACCACCUCAACAGGACUCAUCUCUCCUGGAGUGUCUGUCCCUGUCCAAGUCCCAGGGAGUGAGCCUGACAUGUCUCAGUACUGGUCAAGACUACAGUAGAGAGAAGAGCUACUUCACCCUGUAAGCACCCACUCCACCAUCGCCCUCCGGCAGUGCUCCUCACACAUACACAGCACAGGAGAGUGGGGGGAAAAAAGCACGAGAGGGUUGAGGAAGAGGAAAGAACGAGAGGGACUCUGGGAGAGCCUUGGGACGCCUGGGCUUUGUUUCCCCCUGCUGGGACAGUGUGCUGUUGUGUAACUCCAGGCACAUUCAAACCCGGACUUGGAAGAGAGACCAACAGUGGAAAGAGAGAGAGAAAAAAUGGACCUCUGUAAAGUGCCCGGUGUUAAAAUUUUUAUGGAACAAAAACUUAUCCGUUCUUUUUCUAUUUCCAGCUUCAGUCAUGUUCCCCCUUUUUUUCUCUGAUGUCUUUGUAAAUGGCCAUUUCUAUGUUAAUAUGAAAAAAAAAAAGAAAAACAAGAUCAAGUACUGAUAGAUGGACUGCUAGAAAACCAUGUUGGUUUUGCUUUUUUCUUUUGCUAAGGAGGAAGCUGAGAGAAUCUGCCAUGACUAUCUUCUAAUCUGCUUAUAUCAAGACUUUCUACCAGCCUUUUGCAUGGCCUCUGGACGCAUAUCAUUAUAGAUGAAAAAAGCUGGAAGGAAGACUUACUGUGAGAGAAAACCCACCCCAACUAUUUAUUGAUCUUAUUUGUUACAAAUGGAUAUUUAGAGGAGGGAAACUCUAAGUCAAUCCACCCACUGAGGCUGUGGUGGCCUCUCUGAUAUGGGGCCUUGCAUUUAUUAGAUUGGGAUCCUAUCAGCAACUCCAAGCGUGCAGAGAAGACGCAUCCUACAACACAUGUCGGACCUCCUGCUUCUUUGGCUGGAUUGAUUCUUAAGAUUACACCAAGAACAUUACAUGUGGAAAACAGGUGCCGCAAAAAAAAAGAAAAAAAAAAACCUUCACGAAAACAUACCCCUCCGCCCCAACACCUGUAUUCUGUAAAUGGUUGACUGCGUCUUCGAUAUAUUCCAGUUUGUUAAUGUCCAAAUGUAAAGUACUUGUCUUCCCUUUUUUUUUGGAAAUCUUCCAGAAAGAUUUCUCCAAUAAAAGUCGAUUUCAGUCAACAUCCCCAAGAAUAUUCUAUAAAUGUUCCAUGCAUCAUGAACUACAUUUCUUUAGGGUCAGGUACAAUUUGUCUCUUAGGUAUAGUUGUAAUAUAGUGUCCUAUGGUCAAAAAUGUGCAACUAGAAAUAUUUAAUUCCUAUAAUUAUGAUUAAACAUUGCUUGACAGAGUUUUAAA